AUGGAUACCACCGAAAUUCAUAAUUGCGAGGCCAGCGCAUGGAAUGCACUUUGCCAGUCCGGAGUCGCUCUCAUCCCAUUGCUCGCAAGGGACUGCGUGAUGCUCUUCCCAGGCGGGAUGAUGCUUGCAGACGAAACUCUCCGAUCCGCUCUGUCCGGCGACGCUUUUCAACCGUGGAAAAAAUACACUAUAACUGAUGCUCGAGUGCUUCCCGUCGACAGCAAUGGAACAUGUGCACUGAUUGUGUACAGGGUAACUGCUGAACGAGAGGUGGGAGACGGAGAAGAUAAAGCGGUGUUCAAUGCUCUUUGCUCCAGCAUAUGGCGCCGUUUACUUUAUACUUAUGCGUCAGGCAGGUAA